GAGAAACAGAGGAAGAGCAAGAGAGAAAGAGAGAGAGAAAGAGAGAGAGAGAAGGAGGGGUAGGAAAAGAGGAAAAGAGUGAGAGAGGCAGAGAGAAGAAAAGACCCAAAACUUUUGACUUGACAAAAGAGGGCAGGUACCAGACACAGGACAAUGAAGGCUGGUGCAGGACUCUUCUCUGCAUUGGCUCUGUUACUCCUGAUGGGGGCAGUGCUCACCCAGAGACCCACCCGACCAAGGAAGCCCACCAGGCGCCCGCCUCCCACUAGGAAGCCUUCUGUCCCCCGGCCUCCUGUACCGGCACAGCCAGAGCCCCAGGAGCCGACGGAUUUCCCCCCGCCCAUCCUGGGCCCACCUUCCAUCUAUCCUGACUGCCCUCGGGAGUGUUUAUGCACCCCAAACUACCCUAAUUCUCUCAACUGUGAGAACCGCAACAUCCGCAAGAUCCCUGUCAUCCCAUCCAGAACUCACUACUUGUACCUGCAGAACAACUACAUCUCAGAAGUAACAGCAGAGCCUUUCAUCAACGCCACCGAGGUCCGCUGGAUCAAUCUGGCAAACAACCGCAUUCACAGAAUAGACAAACAGGUGUUUGACAAGAUCCCUGCAGUUCUGUAUCUCUACGCGCAGCAAAAUCAUCUGAAGGAAGUCCCUGCAGGCCUGCCAGUGAGCCUGGAACAGCUUCGCCUCGGUAGGAAUCGAAUUUCUAAGAUCCCUGCUGGUGCCUUCAACAAGAUGGGGAAUCUGACUCUGCUCGACCUGUACCACAACCAGCUGAGCGACAGUGACCUGGGAAAGAACAUAUUUAAGGACCUCAAGAGCCUCAUGCAGCUCAACCUGGCUCAUAACAUUCUGAAGAAGAUGCCCCCCAAUGUACCAAGCAGCAUCAUCCAACUUUUUCUGGAUAGGAACCUCAUAGAUGACAUCCCAAAGGACUAUUUCAAAGGUUUAUCUCACCUGGCGUUUGUGAGGCUGAACUACAACCAGCUGUCUGACAAAGGAGUUCCCAAGGCUGUGUUCAACGUAUCCACCCUGCUGGACCUGCAGCUGGCCCACAACCAGCUUUCCUCUGUUCCCCUCUUCAAUGGUCACCUGGAACACUUGCAUCUCAACCACAACAGCAUCGAGUACAUCAAUGGCACCGAGAUCUGCCCAUACAACCUGCAGGCUGACAUGAGUGACUACAGUCUGGUGCCCAGGUUAAGGUACCUUCGUUUGGAUGGAAACCACCUGAGCCCUCCCAUCCCUAUGGAUGUCAUCAUGUGCUUCAGACAACUUCACUCUGUUGUCAUUUAGAAGAAGCAUGCCCAGAGGCUAGGGGGACUACGCACACAAUGAACACACAAAUGCAAAGUGAAUUCAAGACAGUGAAGGUUUAAUACACCUUACAUGCUGCAGAAUUGCAAUACUGAAAGAGGGACAACAAAUAACUGAAAAGUAUGAUAGUUUAGGUUUUUUAACCUCGAUGAUAAGUUUUAUUGUUGUAGAGAAUGCAAACAUUGAAGUAUGAAUGCGCAAAAUGUGGAUAUAGCAAAAUAUGGAGAUUUUUUUGUUUUUGUCAUUUUUAAAAAUACAAUGCCACAUACGAUUAACAAAAAAAUGGGAUGUGCAAGUGUGAAAAUACAGGUACAUAUAUGACAGAUAUGCUACAGGUAAUAGAGGGUAGUUAUGCUAUCAGAUGUGAUCAGAGUGAAGCAGACAACUCGGACAACAACAGACCUGCAGUGGACGUGAAGGAACCGGUUAAAAACGUAACUACCAUGUAGUUGAAACUGUCCCGAAUGUGCCCAUGAUUUUCAAGACACUCCAUGUAAAAAUGUCAUUUAUUUCUCUCUAUUCUUCUGUAUAUUAUUCCUCUGUAUAAAGAAGCUUUGUACAAACAAUUGAAAAUAAAACGUUUUCUUUGAUCAUUUGA